CUCUCCCUCGGCGCUGCCUGCAGAGCUGGCAGCCAUCUGUUACUGGGCAUCAUGGCUGCCCUCAGACCUUUGGUAAAGCCCAAGAUUGUUAAAAAGAAGACGAAGGAGUUCACCCGGCACCAGUCAGACCGAUAUGUCAAAAUUAAGCGCAGAUGGCGGAAGCCGAGAGGCACUGACAAUAGGGUGUGCAGAAGAUUCAAGGGCCAGAUCUUGAUGCCCAAGACUGAUUACAGGAGCAACAAGAAGACAAAGCACAUGUUGCCCAGUGGCUUCAGGAAGUUCCUAGUCCACAAUGUCAAGGAGCUUGAAGUGCUGCUGAUGUGCAACAAAUCCCACCGUGCAGAGAUAGCUUACAACGUCUCCUCUGAGAACCGCAAAGCUAUUGUGGAAAGAGCAGCCCAGCGGGCAAUCAGAGUCACCAAUCCCAACGCCAGGUUACGCAGCGAAGAAAAUGAAUAGACAGCUUGUUGUGCAUGUCAUAUUUGUGUUAAUAAAACCA